AUGUGGGGCGUCGAGGGAGAGGCGAUGGUCCGAUUCGAUAAGGGUCAUAUUAGCUGCAUGGCGAGCAGCUUCACACAAGAUGUGGCUAGAAUCCGAGAUUUGUCGGCGGAGAGUCCUGGCUUUGUAUCUGCUUUUGGUGAACUGGGACUUGACUACGACCGUCUUACACACGCGUCGAAGGAGAUGCAGAUCCGCACAUUCAAAGCUCAGUUGAAUAUUUUUGUGACAGAGAAGCUCGAUCUUCCGCUGUUCCUGCACUUCCGAGCAGCAUGCGAGGACUUUAUCGACAUCAUCCGACCUUACUUGCCUAACUUGCCUAACUUGCCUCGAGGUGGUCUGGUGCACUCCUUCGUAGGUUCCAAGGAGGAAAUGCAAGCUUUGGUGGACAUGGGCUUCUAG